AUGUCGCUGCUCUUAUUUCUCUCGCCUCUCUCGCUCCCUACGCUCUCGCUACUUGCCAUCUCGUUGCUCUCGCCUGCCUCGCCUGCCUCGCUCUCCUUGCUCUUGCCGCUCUUGCUGCUCUCGCUCUUGCUGCUCUCGCUCUUGCUGCUCUCGCUCUUGCUGCUCUCGCUCUUGCUGCUCUCGCUAUUGGAGCUACUCUCGCCGUCGUCACGACCCUCGCUUUUCCUCCCUGCUCAAGCUGCUAUUACUGCUUACGCUGCCUGCCAUCAAGUUGCUCUCGCUGUUCUCGCUAUCCUCGCUGCCCUCGCUGCCCUCGCUACUCUCGCUACUCUCGCUGUCGCCACUAUCGCCACUGUUGCAGCUAUUGCUCUCGCUACCAACGCUGCCUGCGCUCUUACUGCUCUCGCCGCUCUCAUUACCUUCUCCAGACUCCGCAACAAUCAAUCGAUUGACAUGAUUGAUUCCUAUAUAGGUUAA